AUGUCGGCAACUGCAUCAUUCGAAUGUAACGCUGAGAAAAAAGCGAUUGACCGUAUCCGAUCAGUCAGCAAUGAAGAACGAGCUCAAUUCAUAGUCGAUGUGUUUAGCAAAUUUUUCGAGAAGGAGAUUAGUACGAAUCCGACGGCGUUUGCUGGUCGAUUUCGUAAGAUGAGUUCAACGGCCUUCAAUUUCUAUCGCGGUUCCGCCCUUCUGUUCUACCAAGAUCUAAAAGUCGAUCAUGACCAAUGGAUUCAAACAAACAAAGCAGCCGGCAACAUUUUCAUUCAUGGUGAUCUACAUGCUGAAAAUUUCGGAACAUACUUGGACAAUCACGGUGUGCUGAAUUUCGACGUGAACGACUUCGAUGAAGGUUAUUGUGGGCCGUUUACAUGGGAUGUCAAACGUUUAGUAGCAUCGCUGUUUCUAAUUUGUCAUAGUAAAGGUUUUUCCGACAAUGAAAUUCGGGAUGUUCUACGCGCGUAUGUCAGCGCAUAUUUGAAAAAAGUUUAUGACUUCUACAAAAAAUCGAACGAUCAAUUUUCGUUGACCUUGAGAAACACGACCGGAAAAGUGAAGAAACUGCUGAGCGAAGCUCGGAUGAAAUGCCAUGUUGCUCAUUUGGAUGAAAUGACAGUUAUUGAAAACUACGAUCGCAGGUUCAAGCGUUCAAAAACGAAUAAAGAUGUCGACGAUCAAACGCGAGCGGAUAUUCUCAAAGCUUUUCAAGAGUAUGUCAAAUCAAUUCCUGAAGCGAAACGAAAUCAUGAUCACGAAGGACGAGAAGAUUAUCGAAUCAAAGAUAUCAUUGCUCGUUUGUCACCUGGUGUGGGAUCAGCUGGCAAAGUGUCUUACUCGAUUUUAGUCGAAGGUCCAUCAGAAACACUUGAAAAUGAUGUCGUUCUUUACAUGAAACCUGCACAAAAAUCAGCGAUUAGUUUCGUGAUCAAAAAUCCGGAUCUAGAAAAGUAUUUCAAUCAUGAUGGUCUGCGAACUGUUCUCUGUUCAUAUGCAAUGCAGGCAGCUACACCAAAAUGGUUAGGUUAUACAACAUUCCGAUCGAUUCCUUGUUUAGUUGAUGAAGUCAGUGCACAUGCCGAAGAUUUAGAUUGGUCCGAUAUCAACCAGUUCAAUGAUAUCAUCGAAGUUGUCGAAUAUUUAGGGCAAGCGACAGCUAAAAUUCACUGUGUUGCUGACGCCGAUUGUAUCAACACGCCGAAAAGUGUUGCCUGUUUACCAUUUUCGAUCAUUCCACAACAUACAGAGAAAACUAUUCGUGAUGCUAUUCGAGGACGUGAUAAUGAGUUUAUUGACGAAAUGGUCGAGUUCGGAAUGGUCUAUGGAGUUUUAGUUCAACGUGAUCAUAAAUUAUUCUUCGAUAUCAUACGCAACAAACAAUUCCCUGGAAUUAGCGAUUAG